AUGGACCAAUUCGAUAUCCUACGUCCUGUUGGUCGACUGGAACAAUAUUCAACAUCUCGUCACCAGGUGGGGUUUUAUGUGAAUGUCGCUGUAGCGGCAACAUACCAUUUACCAGAUACAUACGUUCUCCCAGUGAAAGACUAUGUCUAUCAAGCCUGUGAAGCCGCAAUCGUUGAACAUCCGGCUCUAUCCGCCAUCGUAGCAGACGAUCACACCCAAGAGCCAUACUUCGUGCGUCUGCCACAGCUGGAUCUUGAGCGGAUCAUCUCGAUGCAAGAUCGGAAGCCUGGUCUGUUGGCCACUGAAGCCAAUGGGGAGCCCGCCCCGGACCUCGAUCUACAGACGCUUCUGGCAACAGAGCACAACACGCCUUUUAAGGCACCUGAUGCUUUUUGGAGACUCCGGGUUCUCCUAGAUGUAGAAGAUGAGUCUCAGUUUACCGUGGUGUUUGUGUUCCACCACGCCAUUGGUGAUGGGACUUCCGGAAAAGCAUUCCAUCAGACUUUCUUGCAUGCCCUGGGUUCAAUAGGUGACUCGGAGAAGACAAAGUCAGUCAUUGAUUCUCCAUCAAAUCCACUUCUGCCCAACAUUGAGCGUAUCUCAUCGAUGUCUCUGUCCUUCUUGUAUCUCGCCAAGAAACUUUUCCAGGCGAAGGUCUACUCCCAUCGCCCAGCAGGGCUAUGGUCUGGCUCGAAGAUCAUGGCUCCCACUCAGACCCGCGUGAGACUCGUUCCCUUUUCAAAAUUACUGGUCUCGGCCGUCAGAGACCUCUGUCGAGCCCAUAAAACAACCAUCACCGCUCUGUUGCAGACAGUCGUCGCUCGCGCACUGUUUGCCAACAUCCCAGACUCAUUCACUCAGCUGGUCUGUACAGGUGCACUUUCAUGUCGUCGUUGGCUACCGGAAAUCACAGAUGAAAUGAUUGGCGUGUGGGUUCAGGGAUUCGAGGAGUCAUACAGCCGAGAUGCUGUUUCGGCCCUAUGGGACGAGGCUCGAAGAUCUCGAAAGAAGAUUGAGUCCGUGCUGAAGAUGAAGGGCAAGGAUGCCAGCAUCAAUCUCCUACAAUUCGUCGAUGACUAUCAACAGGAAUUGUGUUUGUCCAAGAUUGGCAAAGAGCGGGAUACCAGCUUUGAAGUCUCCAAUAUCGGUUUCGUCCCUCCACAGAUGAGCGCAGACAAGCCUGCCAUUCACGGCAUGGUGUUCUCGCAGUCUGCUAGUGUCAUGGGCAAUGCUGUUGAGUUUUCGGCUGCUACAGGCGGUGAUGGGUGUUUGGUGUUGUCCGUUUCGUGGCAGCAGGGUGUUGUGGAGCCGGAUCUCGUCAAUGAGGUUAUUGAGUCCGUCAAACAGGACCUUUAUGCUCUUGCUGAGAUCUCAUGA